AUGCCUACUGAUGAUUCCCUGAGCGAGCAUUCGAGCGAGUUGACCUGCCUCGAGGAAGUUACCGCAUCGCGUAAGGCAGCCGAUGCUCUGGUCUACAUACACGAAAUAUGCCGUGCACAAAAGAUCAGAACCGCCAACGUCUUGCUGGCCGAUCUGGGAGAAAAGCUUCAAGGCAUGGUAGCCCUCCUGGGAGGUCAGAUGACUACGGAACUUCUUCAGAGCCGGAGUGCGCUCGUCUGGUGUCCUCAUGGUUUGGCCAUGGCACGCGUUUUCAUCAUUCUGCGUGUAAACGAUGCCGCUAGAAUAUCAAAAACGAUUCUGAGUUCAGGCUAUCAGUGCGAGAGUGUAUCAGAGACUACUCGCAUUCUUGAACAAUUGCAGACGGUUAUCGUCCUCGAUAUCGAUGUCAAUUUCGAUAGCACAUUCAUUACUCCUCACUCUUUUUCCUUGGGACACUCCGACCUGUAA